GUUCAAGAGAUGUUGUCCCCGUUGUUUCUGGGUAUCCUGGUCCAAUGUGUUUCGACGGUUCAACAGGUAACACAGACACGUUGGAACACAGGCACAAAUCCACCAGAAACUGACUGUCAUACAAUGGCUGCCGUUUCAAACAUCAUCUCAAUGGAGAAGAUGGAAACUGUCUACAUUAUUUACGAUGGCGAACAAGAUACCUGUCUAUACAAACUCACUGGUAACUUGACGCAUCGAACAAAAGUACAGUUUAUGGGAGAGGAUACAUUUCAGGAUGACUUGACAUCAGUCAUUGACGACUUGGUUCAGCAUGGGAAUAUCGAUAUGAUGCGCAGAACGCUCAACGUUGUCCUGUCCUGCUCGGCAAGGUGCAUUCAACAAGCUCUAGUCACGGGGCUGGAGCUUGAUAUGAAGGUCGGCAAGCAGUCUGUGUUGAGACAUUUUUCUAAGUGGAUUCUCAUUCCAAAUGACAACACAGGCAUUGCUGUCACAAAUUUGACGAUGGACAAUGUUAUCUUACUGACUGAUAACAAGAAUACAACGAUAAAGGAGGUCGCCACGUUGCUCUGGGCGAAGGAAGGUAGACAGUGGGACAUUCUUGACAGAGGCAGCACAAUCAGCCUAAACAACUCCACGGUGUACCCUAAUACUAGAUUUGGUCUCAAUGGAAGAAAACUUAUUGUUGUGGCGCUUGAGUGGAAACCUUUCAGUGUAAAGGAGCGAGACAGUGGCAUCGUUACCUAUAGUGGUAUAUCCGGUGAAUACAUGGACUACCUUUCAAAAAGCUUCAAUUUCAGUUACAAGUACAUCGAGCCCCCGGACAAGUUGUGGGGACACAAGACCGAAGACGGGAAUUGGACGGGAAUUGUAGGCCUGCUCCAAAGAGAGGAAGCAGACAUGUGUUCUGUUCCCUAUGCAUUUAACAUUGAACGUGCAGAGGUGAUGGAGUUUACAUAUCCUGUACUCAUGGAAUACUCAACAGUGAUCUAUAAAACAUCGCAAGAUGAAAGCAAGAUAUGGAAAGUGUUGAUCUCUUGUUUCAAAUGGGAGGUCUACAUUGUUGGAGUUGUUGUGAUGCUCACCGUUGGACUGCUACACGUAUGUCUGCUUAAGUCAACCCCUGAUCCAUCUAAAGAUGGGCGAAUAAUGAAAAACUCCGUUUCUUCUGGUGGUCUUUUGAUGGGAAUCAUGCCUCCUCUGAAUCAGGCCUCAGUGGACAUCCCCAUGUUUGACUCUGGUAGGAUGCUGUUCAGCUGUUGGUGGUUGUUCUGCCUCAUCAUGACAGCUAUCUACAGAGGUAACCUAAUGGCCUUCCUCACUGUCAGUAGAACAGUCGUCCCAUUCCGUACCCUGGAGGAGCUGGCUAACCAAGACGUGUACGAUAUUGGGGCACCUGUUGGGAGUUAUCUUAGUUUGGCUAUAAUGAGCUCCAAUCAGACAACGCUGAAAAAGAUAUGGAAGAAAAUACAACAAACACAUGCUGUUGGUCCCAAGUCUGGAGAUGCUGAUUACGUGUACCAGCUGCAACGACUGCAUGAGGGAUACUUUGCGUACAUGCAGUCAAACGUGGCUUCUGAUGUUAUCAUGAAUGGUACAUGUAGUCUUGCUAAGAUGAAAGAAGCCUUCCUACCAACCGUAUCCAGCAUGACGUUUCCUUUGCAUUCUCCUAUGGCGAGACUAUUCCACUCAAAGGUGUUGUCUGUGAUGGACACGGGACUGUAUCCUAAAUGGUAUGGGAAGUGGGUUCCCACCCAGGAGUCCUGUUCCGACAAGUCUAUAGAUGUAGGCGUGUCUACACUACACGUACACGACUACUACAGUGCCCUCGCAGCUUGUGCUGUCGGUGUAUCUGUUGCCUCCAUGGUGCUACUGGGCGAGACUUAUUUGUUUCAAAUUAUGCCACGAAGGAACAUCGCUUCAUUGACAGAUACUUAGCUAUCACUUUGCAUGUUCACGUCAGCAUCCCCAACAUGACACAUGUCCCUUAAACUUGAUUGUUCAAAUAACACGUUGGGUUGCAAUA